AUGAUCAGCUCUUCAGCAACCACACGUAUCUGUAGAUAUUUCCUGAAAGUUUCCCUGUUUGACCUCAGAGGAGCACACGUCUUCCUCUUCCCCGUCACAAGAGCUCAGCAUUUCAACAUUAUGUGCUUAAUAAUGCAUCUUCUGAUGUCUCUGUUGCUUUUGGGUGCAGGUACAUGUGGGGGGCUGUUUCAGCAGAAGCUGACAUGUACGUAUGAAAUGUGGCAGAAGACCCUUCCACGGGUGUGGUGCAAGCAGAUCACAUCUGAAUGCUGCAUCGGCCUUGUGUUGACUCAGCAAACACAGGUUUUGAAUAGAGGAAAGCUAGAGGUGACCGAGGACUUGGACUCCUUCACUAUUUCUGUGGUGGAGCCUGGCGAUGGUGAAGGGAUGUAUUGGUGUGGUGUGCUGGGUCAAAAUGACACCAUCAUCAAACUGGCUGAUGUCUACCUCCACAGCUCGUUUGGCGCUUACUUCUGGGGCUGUGCUCGUUGGAUUCUGCUCCCUUUGAUUCCCCUGGUGGCCGUUGUAGAGGAAGUUUAUGACGAUGUUGGUGUGACUCAGGUUCUGACAGCCAAGGGCACGUGUAUGGACAGCAUUAAGGGAAAUUAUAAAUGA